AUGGCCCCUUCAAGCACGCCGAGUAGUGUCAGUCGUGGCAGAUCGGUGCGAAACGGCACCGCGACUCCCGUCUCUGCGCGGGCCGCCGCGCGCAAACCCGCGCCAUCGGCAGGCAGCAGUGAGACCGAUGACGACGCGAAGGCGGAACUCCAAGCCAGACUGGACGAGUUGCAAGACAAGCUACUGCGAACGGAAGCCGCUGUGGAGGAGUCGCGCAAGCAUGGAGAAGUGUUGCAGAUCAAGUUGGAUGAAGCAUUGAAGGAGCAAGGGAUGUUGGAGGAGAGUGUUCACGAGCAUACCCAGCGCGUCGAGCAAUUGGAGGCGGAGAAGAAGGAAUCCGCGCGCACGAGGAGGGAACUGGAGCAGACGUACGAAGUAGAGCGAUCGCAAGCUACACGAGAACGCGAACAGUCCACGGCGGAGAGAGAGGCUCUGACUCAGAACAUGCAGCGCUUGAGGGAGACGUUGGCGCAAAGAGAACUGCGGGAGCGUGCUGGGGUCGACCACGAAGGAAGGCCAAGCGUCUCGCGCACGUCGAGUUGGAGAAGCGACGACGCCUCUCCGAGCCAGGAACGUCGAGAUCGACACUUCGCCCCGCCUGCGUCACUCAGUCGUAGCGACUCCCGCGAGAGUUCCAAGCUGGUCUUGCAGAAGGAUAAGAUCAUCGAGAGCCUUCGCCUCGAGCUCGCCGAGGCGCAGAUCAAGCUCGUAGAGCUGGAGAAUCGCGGCGGUGGCACACUGCACCAGCUGGAGAAGGACAUGUACGAUGUCAAGAUGCAAAACGCGCGCUUGAUGGAGGAGAAUGAGUCGUUUCAACUCCUGCUGUCGGAGAAGACGCUCAAUGGCGAUCUCGUGCAGUCGGAUCUGUUACGCGUGCCUUCCAACACCGACUCUCACUCUCGCGCGACCUCUUCAUCACCACAAAAGGCUCGAACAAGUCUGGCAGAGGAGUUGGAGGACUUCGAAGGCGAGGGCGAUAUCAACGACGCCGACAGCUCGGCAGCCGACCAUCGCGUCAGAAUCCUUCGGGCGGAGGUUAACACCCUCAAAGACCAGAACAAGGCCCUCACGACGUAUAUUAACAGUAUCAUCUCCCGCCUGUUGCAGCAUGAGCAGUUCGAAGCAAUCUUGGAUAAGACGCCCGAUCUCAUGGCCGGACCAGGAGCAGCAAGCCGAAAGUUCGCAAACCAUGUCGCGAGUACCACGGAGAAGGAGCUUCCCCCACCUCCUCCACCACCACAUCAAGCACCAUCAGACGACGGACACCAACCCUCUGGCUUCCUCCAACGAGCAGGCAGUGUCUUGCGCCGCAAGCCUGCGCGGCCCACAUCACAAAUCAUCCAGCCGGGCGACCAGCAAGCAGAGGAAGCCACCGUCCACCAAAAUCCCACCACUGCACCCAGCAUUCCCCUCGGUCGCACCGCUUCCACCCGCCAAGGACACCGACGCUCGCGCUCCGAGUGGCCCGCCGCCACCGUCGUAACCAACAUGUACAAAGGCCCCUCGCCAGGACCUCAAGGCCCUCUGAGCCCCGGCCUCAGCGCGCCCUCCAGCCGAGGAGCAUCCUACUUCAGCAGCCCGCGCAUGCCGUCUCCCGAGCGGCCCGUGCGCAACUCCAACCGCAACUCCUUCAACUCCAUCCCUCCCCCGCCCGACUCCCACUUCCUCGACCCCGCUGGCCUCGGCCUGUCAACGGGAGAAGGCUCCAGCGGCCCCUCGUCUCCACCCCUCAGCACAGCCAGCUCGGGAGACAGAGAAGCCAAACCUACCGGCGCCAUUAUGAUGGGUUCCAAGCCGCGGCCUCUGCGCCUUGUGCAGGAGGCGGACGAGGAGAAGGCGCGCAAGCAGGCGAAUCGCAGUACUUGGUUUGGAGGGUGGGCGGCGCAGGCGGGCGGAUUGGCGGGCUUUUUGCCGGCUGGUAGUGGGAGGAGUAGUGAGGGCGGAGGCAGUGGACAGCAUGCUCGUCAGCAGCAGUAG